CGAUCAUAAGCAGAGUCCGGAGUUGUGCCUGGUCCAUUAUCCCAUCUCUCCACUUGAGACUCUGCUGCUUCUCCACUCUCUGCACUGAGGAUGUUAAAUGAAAGGAUCCAGCCGGGCAUGAUUUUCCUCCUGACUGUCUCUCUGUGCCAUUUCAUGGAACAUCGCGCAGUCCAAGCUGGGAAUUGCUGGCUGCAGCAGUCGAAGAACGGCCGAUGUCAGGUUCUCUACAGGACUGAGCUGAGCAAGGAGGAAUGCUGCAAGACUGGCAGGCUGGGUACCUCAUGGACUGAAGAGGAUGUACCCAACAGCACCCUCUUCAAAUGGAUGAUAUUUCAUGGAGGGGCCCCUCACUGCGUCCCCUGCAAAGAAACAUGUGAGAACGUAGACUGUGGCCCUGGGAAGAAAUGUAAAAUGAACAAGAAGAACAAGCCGAGGUGUGUCUGCGCUCCGGAUUGUUCCAACAUUACUUGGAAAGGUUCCGUGUGCGGAAUAGAUGGCAAAACCUAUAAGGAUGAGUGCGCUUUGCUCAAAGCCAAAUGUAAAGGGGUCCCGGAGCUGGAUGUGCAGUACCAAGGAAAAUGCAAAAAAACUUGCAGGGACGUGCUGUGCCCAGGGAGCUCCACUUGUGUGGUGGAUCAGACCAAUAACGCCUACUGUGUGACAUGUAAUCGGAUUUGCCCGGAGCCUGUCUCCCCUGACCAAUAUCUGUGUGGGAAUGAUGGAAUAACCUAUGCCAGUGCCUGCCACCUGAGGAAGGCUACCUGCCUGCUGGGCAGAUCCAUUGGAUUAGCCUACGAGGGGAAAUGCAUAAAGGCCAAGUCUUGCGAAGAUAUUCAGUGCAGCGCUGGAAAGAAAUGCCUGUGGGACAGUAGAGUGGGUAGAGGUCGCUGUGCGCUGUGCGAUGAUGUGUGCGGAGCAGAGAGCAAGUCAGACGAUACAGUGUGCGCCAGCGAUAACACUACCUACCCCAGCGAGUGCGCAAUGAAACAGGCAGCCUGCUCCACGGGGGUUCUUUUGGAAGUCAAACACAGUGGAUCUUGCAACUGUAAGUGAAUCACUGCAACACAGAGUAAGAUUUCUAAAGGCAACCCCUCAGUAAUGAAGACUCUUUAAAGCAAAAUACUUUUUUGUUGUUUCUAAGGGAAUGUGAGCAUUAUUUGGCGGUAUAUGUACACCCUUCCAGUGACAUGACUUAAGCUGCCUGCAAGAUUUCGGCACUUUUGCAGGAAAAGCCAAGGCUAUUUACAAGGGGGUUGCCUGAGAAUAUCUUUCCCUCUAUUUUUCUAAUUUGCUUCUAUGUGCUUCGCUGAUUGCUUCAUUAACGCUUUGAGUGACCUAACUCCAUCCAAGUACCAGUAGUAGCUUUGGGUUCUGUCCCCGGACAGAGGCCUCUACUAACUCUGAGGACACAAGCAGUACACCUAGAACACGAGCGCUUUUUGUCUGAUUACAGGAAUCUGCAAUAACAGCCUGAUCCAUUGGUUCUUCAGAACUUUCCGCUGUUAAGACUUCAUAGAUUAUGUAAAAACAAACAAAAAAAAAAAGUAUUAUUUAUCAGGUGAUGCCAAACAGCAUCCCCUGCGAGUCACAUACAAUGCAACGCUGUAUUAUGGCUGGUCAGAGGGCUUUGAGAAACAUGCACUGAGCUUCUGCGCUGUUGUUGUCCUUUUUUAAACAACAGCUCCCCUAUAUUCCCCCAUAUAGCCAUUGUUGAAGAUACAGAGGAGGAAGAGGAGGAAGAGGAACAGGACUACAGUUUUGUCAUAUCUUCAUGGUAACAGCUCCCAAAACUGUUGGAACAGCCUCUGGGCAAGAACACAUGUCCAUACUGUAAAUAGGUGUAUGCUUAUUUAUUUUGGGAAAGAAAAAAACAAAGUAUACAUAUAGUUGAGUCUGGUAGACAUUUAUUUAUACUGUCAUGUUUUAUAAUUUAUACAUAAAAUGUCUGUUUUGACUGUACACCUUGUUUUGAAGAAAUAUAUUCGUCAAAGGAAGAGCAGUGUUAUUUAUUGUGAAAUAUCUUCGCUUGUAAAGUCCAGCUUUUCUUGUAAGUCCAUUCCUUAGAGGUGAUUGACGGUACUGUCCACUCUGCUCAGCGAACCCCUUGAGUAACGGAGGAAUGCGCUGUGCCAAGAGCGUCCGUGGCGCAUAGCGCAUCACGAUAGCGCGAAUGGGGUUCGGCGCUUUUCUUUCCAUGAACCCUGCAUGUCAGUUUCUAAAUGUUUAUUUAUUGGAUUCUCUCCUUUAGUUCUGUACAUACAUCCUUCGGGUUUUGUUUACAAGGAAUCUUGACUGACCAAAAGAGGCUGCAGCAUAACGUGAAAACAAAAAAGAUGAAAAAAAUACAAAUAUAUAUAUAUAUCUAUAUAUAUAGAAAUAUAUAUAUAGAUAUAUAUUUAAAAAAAAAAAAAAGGUUGAAGUGGCUGUGUUUCAGGAAAUGUCCUAGUUUCCAUUAUUCUAACAUACUGGAUGGUUAAAUCCCAAAGAUUCUUUGGUUCCAAACGUGUUGAUCCUUCCCACCUAUUAGAUACAAAUACCAAUCAUUUCCAUCAUGCCAAUUCAGACUUAUUUGUGUAUUUCGACGUUUUAUCAGUUCAAGUUUCUUGCGUUUUCAUAAUACAUUUUUUUUUUCUGAUUUCAAUUUUAUAUUUUCAAACAUGGCAAGUUAAAUAUAAAUUCAUUUAAAUAUAUAGUUUUGUACUUUUUUACCAUGUAAAUGUGUAAUGUAUAUAAAAGUUAUAAUGUGUAUUUGUAAAUAAAUUAUGGGUGAACAAUAAAAUAAAUGAAAUUUG